AUGGCCGAAGGCUGGGAUCUCUCCGCCGUCGUCCGAGGUUGCAGAUCCUCCUCCCCUUCCUCCGCCACUGCCGCCGCCAGCACCACUACUACUUCCAUUACGACACCGUCGUCUUCUUCAUCCAAGGACCUUUCUUUACCAUUAAUCAAGGAAGAAAAUGACAUCUUCUCUUUCCCCAGUUUGACACAACAGAACCAGUGGAUCCACCCCUUUAUCCCCACCACCACCAAAACCACCACUAUCUCUACUAGUGGUUGUGGCAUAUAUCCCAAUUCCUCUUUUACUGAUUUUGCAGGCGAAGGGUCCAGUAGUUGUACCAAUAAUAAUAAUAUAGAUACUGCAUCAUCAUCAUCAUCAUCACUUGUUGCUUCUGGUUCUUAUGCUUCUCAUAUUAGGCCUCAUUUUAUGCCUCAAGCCUCGCCCGCCUCCACUUCUUCUUCUUCUGGCUUUCAAAGAUUCCAUGACCAACAUGUACAGCAACUCCAACAACACUCAAAUUCAAAUCAACUACAAUUAGUUCAUCAGAAACAGCAAUUUCAAAAACCACCAAAUCAGAUCAGCGGUGCAAUCAGAUCGAGAAAAAGAAAGAGUCAACAGAAAAGAAUGGUUUGCCAUGUAACAGCUGAAAACCUCACCGCAGAUUCGUGGGCCUGGAGAAAAUACGGCCAAAAGCCUAUUAAAGGCUCCCCGUACCCACGGAACUACUAUAGAUGUAGCAGUUCAAAAGGUUGUGGGGCCCGGAAGCAAGUAGAACGGAGCAACACUGAACCAGAUAUGUUCAUCGUCGCGUACACCGGAGAACACACGCAUCCGAGACCCACCCAUCGGAACUCGCUCGCCGGAAGUACUAGGAACAAACCGUCAACGACGACCCGUCAACCCGCCUCUCAUGAAUCUGGAUCACCAAGCACGAUCGCAAACCGGGCAUCGUCAUCUUCACAGCUUUCGCCGACGACGCCUUUAAUGGCGGUGGCUACGAAAGACGAGUGCGCCGAUGAACCCAUGUUAAGCAAUGAAGCCACUAGCCCUUUUCCAGAAGAUGAGUUUGACUUGGCCUCUCAUGAUGACAUUUUGAUUCCGAACAUGGCGGCCAUGAUGGAUAAGUUCUUGCUGGGUGCUGGUGAGCUUCACAGCGCAAUCGGACUUAGUGGCGGUGGGGGUACUAGCACAAGCGGCAAUUCGGUGGAUGGGUCGCACCAAAAUGUUGAACCCGGCUUGGCUCCGAAUCUACAACAGCAGUUCUCCCCUCUCAGCCGGUCUAGCCCUGGUUGAGCCAACCCGGUUCGGUGUUCGCCCUCACUGUUUCCGUGCACCAUGGGAAACGACAUCGUCUCAGUUACUUUCUAAUUGGUUAGGUUAGAAUCAACUGACAUAUAAAUUUUUUUAUAUUUUGAUUAUCA